AUAUGAAAUUACUCAUGACUUACUACAUGAAUUCAUGUAUAUACAUCUACAAUUAAUUUAUUAAAUAUAAAUUACUAUGUAUUUUGUAGGUAUUGAACAUUAAUGUAUAAAAAUGAAAAUUAAAUAAUAUAAAUAUAAAAUAUACAAGUUGGAGAAAUUCAUACUUCAUCGAUGCAGCAAUAAUUAAAUAGGAAGUUAAUCGUAUUGUCUUAUUCAGUAUUUGGUGAAUGCUGUUGUAGCCUAUACAGUUUAAAAAUUACUGUUCAUAUUAAUCGUUCAGUAAUCAAGUACAAAUUUAACAAAUUGAUAUUGUUGUCAAAUUUAAUAUGCCCUCUGAACGUCGUUUGUGGAAAAUAGUGUUUAAUAAUUUUUUAAAAUCUCUUCAACCUAAACUGAAAGAAAAACCUAUUGGUUUUGAUGCACAAGGUAAUAAGUAUUUUGAGUUAGAAGCCGAUCCUCAAGGUGGCCGUAGAUUGCCAAGAAGAUGGUUUGUUCCAGUUGAUGAAGAAACAGGUGUUCCAACACCUGAAUGGUCGCAGUGGUUAAGAGGAAGACGCGAUGAACCACCAACUCAAGAGGAAAUUGCUCAUAACGAAGCUAUUGCAAAUAUGAAGAAAAUUAAUGCUGAGAAUAUUGCUCAAAAAUUUAGACUUCCAGGCUCGACAGAUAAUGAGACAGAAUAUCAACAAAAUAGUAAAGGUUUUCCUGAUAUGUCCGAAAAAUAUGAAAGACAGCCUGGGAAUUUAAAAAGUAAAAUAAAAUAAAUUUUAGUCAACAACUAAACUAUAUGUAAAAUAUAUUGUAAAAAAAAUGUUAGCUGUGUAUUAUUUAAGUUUUGAUUAUCUUUUUAGAAUUUGAGUAAAAUACAUUAUUUUCAUAAUUAAGUUUAAUAAAACCUUUGUUAUUGGUUACCGUUAAAUGGUAUGAGCCAAUAACCACUGUUGUUACAGCUUUAAUCAAAUAAAAAAAUAUAUAUAUUUAUUUAUUAAUAUUAUUAUAUAUA